AUGACGGCGAUCUACAUCAAGAACCGCCUGCCUUCACCCAAGAUCGACCACAAGACUCCGUUCGAGAUCGUGUACAAGUCGAAACCAAGUGUCAAGCACAUGCGCGUGUUUGGAUGUCGGGCGUUUAUCCUGACACCAAGGGAGAAGCGAUUGAAGUGGGACCCGAAGGCUUGUGAAGGGAUGUUCAUGGGCUACGAAGAAGCGUCAAAAGCUUAUCGAGUGUACGACAUUGAGACGGGCCAAGUGGUGAUCAGUCGUGACAUCACCUUCGACGAAUCGACUUUUGACUUUUCGAUGGACCGACCAAGUGACGAUGAUGAAGAUGCGGAGUUGGACCUCGACCUCCUGGCGAUCAACGAGGACGACGUGCGUCAAACCGUCUACAAGCAGACUGGCAAGCGCAAGAGUGAAGCAAGACCCGGCAUGUCACGGUCAGCUCGCCCUCGAACUGGGUUGGAACAAGCAAGUGCGCCGGAACACGUCUCCAACCGUCACCAGAAACGACGAUCAAGUGCUCCAGAAACGAUGUCUGAUGACGAAGAAGAUGCAAGCGUGUACGAUCAAGAUGACGACUCGACGCCUCCAACAUUUUGGCGUGCAAGUGCAAACGCAGUGGAAGCAACGGACCUAGCAGAACCUGUGACUUUUCAAGACGCGAUCAAUGGUCCUGAUCAAACUCACUGGCGAAAUGCUGUGAAGGCGGAACUCAAGUCGAUGCAUCUUCGUGGAGUUUUCCGUGCGGCAAAACUGCCAAGAGGCCAAGGCGCGAUCGGCACCAAGUGGGUGUUCAAGAUCAAGCGCAAAGCGGAUGGAUCGGUCGAGAAAUACAAGGCGCGUCUCGUUGCCAAGGGCUUCAAGCAGAAGUACGGCAUCGACUACACAGAGACGUUCUCGCCCGUGGUCAAGUACGUGACACUGCGUAUGGUGAUCGCGAUCACCAAGUAUUUCGACUGGCCACUGGACCAACUCGAUGUGGUGACAGCCUUUCUCUACGGAGUGAUGAAGGAGAAGGUGUACUGCGUGAUACCAGAAGGCGUCGAGAUGGAUGGCGACUUCGACUGUCUCGAGUUGGUGAAGGCGAUCUACGGUCUCAAGCAAGCUUCACGUGUGUGGAACGAGACUUUCGACGAGUUGUCGACGGUCACUGUGUUGCUCGUGCUGGUCUACGUGGAUGACGUGUUGGUCACCGGCAGCUCACUCGAGUUGAUUGCGCAGACGAAGGCCGACCUCAAGACGCGUUUCGAGAUGACCGACAGUGGCAAGUGUACUUUUGUACUGGGCAUCGAACUGGUGGACGAAUCGGAUGGCAGCGUGACGAUGUGCCAGCGACGGUAUGUCAACGACAUCCUCAAGCGCUUCGGCAUGGAUGAGUGCAAGGCCACAGCAAGUCCGGUCGACUUGAGCACUCGGCUUGUCGCAAGCACCGAAGCGGCCAAGAUCGACGUUCCGUUUCGUGAAGCUGUGGGAGCUUUGAUGCACUUGACGACUGCGACGCGCCCGGACAUUGCGUAUGCUGUGGGGUACGUCUCGCGCUUCAUGGAGAAUCCGCAGCAAGAACAUUGGACGGCGGUGAAGCGCAUCUUUCGUUACUUGCAAGGGACCAAGUCGCACGGACUCCGCUUCCAGCCAAGCGACAAGAUCGACUUUCGUGGCUACUCGGACGCGGACUGGGCCGGCGACCACGCUGAUCGCAAGUCGACUUCGGGUUACACUUUCAUGCUGAUGGGUGCUCCUGUGAGUUGGGGAAGCAAGAAGCAGUCAAGUGUGUCGCUGUCGACGAGUGAAGCGGAAUACAUCGCACUGAGUCUGGCCAUCCAGGAAGGCAAGUGGGUGCAUCGCCUGCUAUGCGAGAUUUUGGCGGCCGCAAACGAACCAGGACCGGACCUCGUCAUCCGUGAAGACAACCAGUCGUGCAUCAAGAUGACGAAGAAUCCGGUCAACCACGGCCGCGCUAAACACAUCGACAUCAAGUACCAUCACAUCCGUGAUGAAGUCAAGCGCGGUGAAGUGAAGCUCGAGUAUUGCGAGACUUCCGUGAUGAUGGCGGACAUCAUGACCAAGGGACUUUCGGGACCUCGUCACAAGGACUUGACGACGGCUCUCGGCAUUCGUGCGAGUUCGGAUUGA